AUGGCUGCCAGUGAUAACGAUAAUUCUCUUCUCAACUAUGUUCCGGUCUAUGUUAUGCUUCCCUUGGGAGUGGUGAACGAGAAAAACGAACUAUCGGACCCUGAAACGCUGGAAGCGCAGCUCAAGCGUCUCAAAGACGAAGCUGGGAUCGACGGUGUUAUGGUCGAUGUUUGGUGGGGAAUCAUAGAGUCUGAUGGCCCAAAGCAAUACAACUGGACCGCUUACAAAAAGCUAUUCCAGAUUAUCGCCGGUUUAAAACUCAAGAUCCAAGCGAUCAUGUCAUUUCACAAAUGCGGUGGAAACGUGGGAGACGUCGUCACGAUACCGAUCCCCAAAUGGGUUCGCGAUGUCGGCGAUAGCAAUCCGGAUAUCUUCUACACUAACCGUAAAGGAACAAGAAACGACGAGUAUCUCUCAAUCGGCGUCGAUAAUGUUAAUCUCUUCGACGGAAGAACCGCUGUUCAGUUGUACAGUGAUUUCAUGAGUAGCUUCAAAGAAAACAUGUCGGAUCUUAUACAAUCCGGGGACAUUGUUGACAUCGAAGUCGGACUUGGUCCCGCCGGCGAACUUCGUUACCCUUCUUACCCACAAAGUCAAGGUUGGACAUUUCCCGGCAUUGGCGAAUUUCAGUGCUACGACAAGUACCUGAAGAAAGAUUUCAAGGAAGCUGCGGCCAAGGCAGACCAUCCUGAGUGGGACUUUCCCGAAGACUCCGGUGAAUACAACGAUAAGCCGGAGGAAACAGGGUUUUUCAAGAAAAAUGGGACUUAUCUCUCGGAGGAGGCCAAGUUUUUCUUGACAUGGUACUCGAACAAACUCAUCUUUCAUGGAGAUAAGAUCUUAGGAGAAGCCAACAAGAUCUUCGUUGGACUUAAACUUAACAUAGCUGCCAAGGUUUCGGGGAUUCACUGGUUGUACAACCACCACAGCCAUGCAGCGGAGCUGACUGCUGGAUAUUAUAACCUCUCCGAGAGAGAUGGUUACCGUCCCAUUGCUAGGAUGAUCUCAAAACACUACGGCAUUCUCAAUUUCACUUGCCUUGAGAUGAAAGAUACCGACAAUGCCGAUGAAGCCCUAAGUGCUCCCCAAGAACUUGUCCAAGAUGUAUUGAGCAAAGCAUGGAAAGAAGACAUAGACGUUGCGGGUGAGAACGCAUUAGAGACCUAUGGAGCCAAAGGUUACAACCAGAUUCUUCUUAACGCCAGGCCUAACGGGGUUAACCCUAACGGUAAGCCAAAGCUGAAAAUGUACGGAUUUACUUACCUGAGGUUAUCAGAUACGCUCUUUCAAGACGACAAGUUUGAGCUGUUCAAGAAGUUUGUGAGGAAAAUGCACGCUGAUCAAGAUUACUGUGGAGACGCAGAGAGUUAUGGACAAGAGAUUGUGCCAAUGGAAACACAGAAUUCGCAGCUGACAGAGGAGGAUAUCGCUGACGCAGCUCAACAAAGCGAAGAUUUCAAGUGGGACUCUGAAACUGACAUGAAGGUGGAUGGUUAA